AUGGACGGGCAAGAUGAGAGAUCAACAAUUGUAUACUUUUUCUAUGAUGGUAGGUGGAUAUUGAAUAAAAACGGAGAAUAUGAAUGGGAAGGAAAGUUCAUGGAAAAUCAAAGAUUGUUGUUCUUUUGUCCCCCCUGUGAGGUAACCUACAGUGACCUUGUUCGAGAGUUAUGUGCUGAGAUGAAGGUGGAGAAAGAUAAAACGAAGAUCAGGUUAAGUUAUUUGCCAAAUGUCAAGGAGAACAGAAAGCCGACAUACUUAUGGAAUGACAAGCACGUUCAUAUUUAUUUGUUGGAUAAAAUAAAUGGAUUGCGAGGUAUGCUUUAUGUGGAGAUAGGAGAGUUACGUAUGAAAACUGAUGCUGAAGAAAACGUUGAAGAAGAGGCUAUAAUUCCUGCGGAUGGUAGUGUUGUUGGAGGAAAUGGGAAACAAAGUGUUGUAGACUAUGACGAUUGUUUUAUGUUGAACCCAAAUUUUAAGAGUAAAGUUGGGAGUAAUAAUGUGCCAGAAGUUAUACAUCUUUCUGAUAGUGAACAUUCAAGUGGACUUAGAGAAGUUAUGAUUGUGGAGGACUCUUUGUUUUCUGAUUCUGUGUUCACUUUCAGUGAUGGAUUAAAUAUAACAGUUGGUCAUGAGUUUGACGAUAAGGAAGCAGCGCAAGAAUAUGUUCGAAAGGGUGCAGCUGUGGCUCGUUUUAGGUAUACUACGAUGAGGUCUGAUAAGAAGUUAUGGGAACUAAGAUGUAAAUUUGCUGGAUCCGGCUGUAAUUGGAGGUUGCGUACGGCAUUGAUCUUAAACUCGAAGCGUUGGAGUGUAAGAAAACACAAUCCCAUUCACAGUUGCAAACCCGUUUCAGAAUCAAGCAAAAGUAUGAGCGGUACAAAAAAAUUGGUUAGAGAUUAUUUGAAGGAUGAAUUUCCCGGUAAACUUGAUAACACUCCUUCUGCACAUGAAAUAAUAGACCGUGUAAAAGCAAAGUAUGGCACAACCGUAACAUAUUUGACGGCAUUACGGGGGAAGCACAAAGCUGAAAGUGAGAUUCGAGGUGAUCCUGCAGAGCAUUUUAGGAAACUUCCUGGAUGGUUGUACAUGUUGCAGAAGAGAAAUCCUGGGACAAUUGUAAGUCUCGAGUUAGACACAGAUGACAGAAGCUUCAAAUACCUCUUCAUUACAUUGGGUGCAACGGUCAAAGGAUGGAAUUACAUGCAUAAAGUGGUUGCUAUUGAUGCAACCUUUCUUACAGGCCAGUACAAAGGUACAUUAGUUGUUGCAACCGCACAAGAUGGUGACCACCACCAAUAUCCAUUGGCAUGA